AUGGAGCGGGAGAGCGGCGGCGCUGCCGGCCCGUGCGAGCGGGAGGAGGGCGAGGAGCGCGAGGGCUGCGCGGGGCUGUGGGAGCUGCCGGUGGAGCGCAGCGAGAGGCGGCCGGAAUGCAGCCGCUGCAGCCGCCCUCAGAAGGUGUGUUUGUGUCCAUUCCUGCCGAUACAUCCACUGAAAAUCUCCACCUGCUUGUAUAUAAUUCAGCAUCCUGCAGAGGAAAGUCGGGUUUUAAGGACAGUGCCUUUGCUAACAGCUUGUCUCCCUCCAGACAAAUGUAAAAUUUUGGUUGGUCGGCGUUUUAGUGAAGACAGGUAUCCUGAGCUAGCUGCUGUAUGCAGAAAUCCCAGUACUCUCAUUUUGUAUCCUGGAGCUGAAGCUACCAAUUUGGAAGAAGUCACUGUGAUGUCUUCUAGCCCACCAGUUAUGAUCAUCAUUGAUGGAACUUGGAGCCAGGCUAAAGAUAUAUUUUACAAAAAUUCUCUCUUCCGAUUUCCCAGGCAGGUGCAGUUAAAAACCAACAUUUCAAGUCAAUACGUAAUUCGUACACAGCCAACAAACAGCUGUCUCUCUACGCUUGAAUGUGCUGCUGUUGCUCUCACUAUCAUGGAAAAAAACAAGAAUAUACAAGAGACUAUACUACGACCCCUUCAAGCUCUGUGCUCUUUCCAGCUUCAGCAUGGAGCCCAGAUCCAUCACAGCAAGGAGCAUCUUCUCAAAAAUGGCUUAUAUGACAAGCCAAUGCCAAAGAAUAAGCGCAAACUAAGAAGAAUGGAACUUUUGUUAAAUAAUGUAAAAAUAUAGGAAAACUGUACCUACCAUACAGUGGGAUGUAUUUGCAGCUAGCCAAUGAAUGUGGAUCUGAAUUUAAUCCAAGGAUUUGUGCAUACUGUAACAAAGCAACUUGGAGGCCCUUCGUAGUUAAAAAGUGUUUACCUCCAGUAAAAUGAACGGCAAUGGGCGAGCUUUUUUAUUCUUUUGUUCAGAUGAUUGAAGAUUACCCUAAUUUCCUUUAGAAAAAAAAAAAAAAGAUGAAAAUUUGGAGCUUGGUUUAGAUUUAUGUGAUCUCUUGGAUGAAUAGUACCUGUUAGAUUUCUUUUGGAGAAGUUUGAUCACAAAACAGAAUGUCAGUGUAACAGACUGGGAAGACUUCAGAAUUUAGAAGUAUGUGGAAUUUUGGUUAUUUUAAUUUUAGAAUCUAAUUUUUGAAGGUUUUCAAACAUUAAUUCUUUAUGUUAUUUAGGUCACUAUGCAUAAGUCGUGUUUUUUGGAUAGUUCUUUUCAAUGAUGAGAUUUAUAUUUGGUCCCUUUUGAAAAUGAAUGUGUAUUUUACAAGGCCUUCAGAUUUAGUUUGUCUCUUAAACUUAGUUGUUUAAGUUAAGUCCAGAAAUUUUUAUGUGAACCUGAACGCUUCUGGUCAAACAACAACAACAAAGUAAAGAAAACAAUAAAGUCAAUGUAGAGAAAUCAUUUUUUGGAUUAUAACUCAGGUGCUAAAACUGAAGUUUCUCUUCUGCAGAAGGGGACAUUUUAUGCUUCAGACCAGCAGUAUGCAUCACAUCCAUACCCUUACAAACUCGCCCUUACUACUAGGACAGUAAAGGAGUUAAACAAGUCCCGUGUGGACAGCCCACUCAGAAGUAUGGUGCAAUGACAAAUGGUUAUUUCUGGGUACAACUUACUUACAUGUUUGCAAAUCCAGUAAGUUUCUGUGUGCUCUUUGACUAGUUCUUCUCUUUUACCAGUGAUGUCUGUGUACUUUCUUCUAACAAGACUUGCUAGAAGCAGAGGAAUUGAGUAUGUUUACAAGCUUUGUGAAUUAAUGGUUUAUGAUCUGGAGGGAAAAAAAAAAAAAAAAAAAAAAAAAAAAAAAAGUUAAAUAAAGGUUUUAAAAUUCCAUUCUUCAUAAAUGCCUCCAUCAUGAAACAGGUGAAAUUGCUUACUCGUUGUCUUUACUGUCUAUUCCGCUCAAGGUAACAACAUGGAGAUAACUGUAUGCUAAUUAGUUUUUGACAAAGGAAAGAUAUUUUGCUGCUAAUUUUUCAAAAGCAAGUGAAAAAAAACUAUGAAAGUGGGAAAUGUAAACACAGCUCACCAAUUGAACUGAAAACACUUCUACAAUUAGCAAGAGAGGUCAAAACCAGGUCAGAGAUAAGCUAAGAAGUUCUGGUUAACCCUAAGCUAACAAGUGACCUUUUGUGUAGCCAUGGGUUAACAAUUUAAUUUGUCUGCCUGUGCUAGCAAAAUCUGUAUAACCUUGCCCCCUCCUGUUCUAUGUAAGUGCUCUAUUUGCUUCUAAUAUCAGUAAACCUGAAUUAGUUUUGACACAGCUGAAGCAAAACAGUCGCAAGUGAUGAAUGAUCUUGUGGAUGAACUCUUAGGGCAGAGGAAGGGUGUGUUUAUGCCUGCAGAGAGGCACAGUGCAGAAAUCUCUGUGCUAGUGUGGAAUCAGAACUUGUACAACUUGCAUGUGUGACACUGCCUCUAGUUCUGGGCUGACAUAGCUGGGAAUCCCUUUCCCCCAUGCUUUUUGGGUCUGAGCAUUUAUAAAGGAAACAAGAUUAGCAGGAUUUAUUCUUACUGCCAUAGUAACAUAUAGAUAUUUAUUGUAUAUGUUGAUUUUGUGCCCCUUGUUUUAAACUCCGUUAGAACAACAGUGUAUCUUUUGACCUACCUUGCACAGUCUGUUUUUGUACAGAGAAGUCUAAGUGUAUCUUUCAACAGAAUGAGAGCUGAGAAUAUAUGGCGAGCAGGAAGACACUUGUUCUACACACUGUGUUUCACAGACAUCUGCAAAAUGCCUUAGAAUUGUAAGAUCAGAGAAAUAGUUGUCUUAAUUGAAUUAUAAUCCUGCAUUAUGCAUACAGUCUCAGAAUUCAGAUUUUUCAUGUUUUUCAGCAAAGAAUAAAUUCUGCACAGCUUA